ACAUCUCUCUAUCCCCGCGAAGAUCUCACAUCAGACCUAUCGCUCCAUAUAGCCAUUCGCUUCGUAACCAAUUGACGAACCCUCCGCCAGCCAAUCAGCCUCCCACAGCGCAUCUCCCCACCACCACCCCAGCAACCCCAAUCCCCUACCCCCACCAAAAUAACCAAAGCCCUACCCCAAGAAAUGUGCCUCGUCACCACAAAACCCACCUACCGCCACGAGCCCGGCGUCCUCGACCCACCACCGCACCGCUCGCGCUUCUCCGCCCAUCCGCCACCCGGCGUCGUGCGCCUACCCCGUGGAUCCACGCACUCGUACCGCCGCUCGUCUACUACUAGCUUUAGCGACUCUGCGCCCAGAGUGGUGGAGUAUCGGCGCGAGAGGCCGAGGGAGAUCGAGUGGGUGGAGGAGCCGAGGAGGAGUAGGAGUAGGAGUGUGCUGAGGGAUGGCGGGGCGAGGGGGAGUAGGGGGAGCUUUGUUGAGGAUAGGAGGAGGAGUGUUAGUCGGGUUAGGUAUGCUUAGGGGGUUGGGAGGUUAGGGAGGUGUUGGAUGGGAUGGGGGACUGGGCGGUGAGGUGGAUGUUUCUGAGGGUUUUGGGUGGAGAGGGGAGAGGUGUAAGAG